AUGGAAGUGGAGGCUAGAUCAGAUAGGGCCCAGCUCCUUAUUAGUGGCAUGGAUGAUAAAUGCGUUUCAACGAGGGCCCAUGGUGACAUAAAGGGUAUUAAAGGGCUUACAGCCAGCACGCUCUUCCUUACGGACCAUCUCUUCCACGAGGAAGUCUUUCCCUUUUUAGUCCCAAGGGUUAGGGUAGUUAGUGGGUUUGUCAUGCAUGGCCUGGCCUGGCCAGGUCAGGUCUGGUCAGCAAUCUUGAACACUGCAUAUGCACGAACUUUGUCGCCAGGGUUGGGCGGCAAGCUGCCAGACAUGAGGGGUGCCUUUGUUUUUUUGUACGAGAAGGGGUCCAAGGUCCAAAAACUGAGCUGUGCAGUCCAAGAGGCUAUCCAAGCCCUUGCCAGAAGAACAAGCCCAGCUGAUAUACAUUGGGCUCAAACUAGUCUUGUGUCUGAACAAGGGAAAAGGUCUGGUUUGCUAUUAUUGGGUGAUAAAUUAUCAGAACCCAUAUGGGUUUUAUUGGAAGAGGAGCCGAAGCCUCUUGGUUCUGUGCAUUGGCCCAUUGAAAGGAAGCAAAAGGUCAAAGAUCAACAAGGGCUCCAAUGCUUUUCUCUCACUCCGAUUGGAACCCGGGACGACUCGGCGGUUAACUCACCCACCCCAGCUUGCCAUCUCCUUGCAUUCUCCGGAGUGUGA